CACUGGCCACCUCAGCCAGGCCAGGAUAGUUUCGUCAUUUACCAUCUAUCCAGAAGCUUCUCAUCUCCGAUAUCUCACGUCCCGGUUUCUGGUUAAAUAUAAGCCUCUCGCCCUCUUCACAACUUAAAAGAAGUUAUCUGAUUGGCCUGCGCUUUUGAAUAGGUUUCUCCCGGAGAUCGCUGAAUCGUUGGACGUCGAUCGCUUGCUUUCCUGGCCACGAUGUCUUACUCUAAGAGAUCAACUUAUUCUCGCUCGCCGUCGCCGUACAAGAGAUACGGCAGAUCUGUGUCCAGGUCUUUGUCAAGGUCAAGAAGCCGAUCAAGGAGCCCCUCUGUGGAGAACCCUGGCAACAAUCUCUAUGUGACAGGCUUGUCGCCUCGUAUCACAAAGAGAGACCUUGAGAAGCACUUCUCCACUGAAGGAAAGGUGACUGAUGUUCAUCUCGUUGUUGAUCCAUGGACGAGGGAUUCUCGUGGUUUUGGGUUUAUAACGAUGUCUACAGUUGAGGAAGCUGAGCGCUGCCUUAAGUAUUUGGAUCGAUCAGUGCUUGAAGGUCGUGUGAUAACAGUGGAGAAGGUAAAGUUUGCUGCCGUCUGUUCCUGAUGCUCAACGUCUGUAUAUAGCAAACUAAAUCUUGAGUCUCGGUGCUGAGUUUUCUGGAUGGUGUUACUUAUUAGCUAUUAUGACUUUGAAAGUUGUUUGCUCCUUUUUCCGUGUGAAGCUUUUGUGCCAACAGGUUAGCUGUGUGUAGCAGCUCUUCUCCAAAUUCAAAUAGCACAACUAAACACAACACAAAUCAAACACAACAGCAAUGUCAGACUGUGUUAGGGUUGUAUGCCCUUAAUUUCUCUCCUCAUUUUGGCGCUUUAGCUUAUCUGUUUUUUCGUUUAUUCUGUAAUUUUUUAGAAGAGACAUUAUUGGGGGAGGGGGAAGAAAGGCCCUUCUCCUUCAUUAUUCUCGCUGUGUAUGUGUGUAUUGCUAAUUUCGUCACUCAUUUGUCAUGGUAACUAAUUGCAGGCAAAGAGGCGGAGAGGCAGAACUCCUACUCCUGGAAGGUAUCUGGGACUUCGCACAGUGCAUGUGCGAAGGAGAACCAUUAGCACCUCACCUCCUCGUCGGUCCCCAAGUUAUUCUCCUUAUCCGAGAAGCAGAAGCAGAAGCAGAAGCAGGUCUACAUCUUAUUCAUCUGAUCGCAGUAGGAGCAGAUCUUAUUCUCGUCGCCACAGCAGGGUUCGAAGAUCGUAUUCUCGAUCUCCUGCUUAUUAUUACAGGCGCAGGAGAUCCUACUCUCGUUCACCACCAGUGUAUUACUAUGCACGCAGAAGAUCUUACUCAAGAUCUCCAUCACAUUACAGUAGCUCCUCCGUCAGGAGACGGGACAGAUCUUACACACCUUAUGAUUCACGAUAUAGCUCACCAGAUGAUCGGUAUGAAAGAAGAAGACGAGGACACUCUCGCUAUGUUUCUGAGAGGGAGAGGAGUUCAAGGAGAAACUAUACAAGCAGCGUCUCCCGCAGCCCAAUAAGGCGAUCCAGAAGGGAACAUUAUUCUCGAAGUAUUUCUAGAAGCCCGAGAAGGUACUCAUACUCGAGGAGGAGGAGCUACUCCCCAAGUGUUUCACCGGCAGCAAGGAGGAGCUCGAGGAAAAGUGUAUCAUCCGAGAGUUCCAGUUGGUCUUCGGAAGGUAGUUAUGGCCGAGAUAGGAGUUCCAACACUUCUAGUCUGGCUGCUAGUUCUAGAUCGGUUUCUAGGUCAGUGACCCCCAGUUCUACUCCAUCGUCUUGAGGACAAGUGGAAGUUUAGCUUAUUGGUGUGGUGAUGUUUUUUGUUUUGUGAGAACUUGGGACUGCUUUGCUAAGGAGUAUUGCUGCUUGCCUGUUUAUGAUAAUAAAAUGCAUAUGAUUCCUUGUUGGGGUCAUAUAUUGGUGCAUAGUU